CUGCACGGGACUGCGGGGAGCAAAGGAGGUGGCGAUGGCGGUCGCCGCCGCCGCCGCCGCCGCCGCGUGGUCUGGCUUGGCAAGAGGCGGAGGCUGCAGUGCCGGAGUCUGUGGCCAUAGGAACCGGCGCAGCGCCAAGCCAGACUGGCUCCUUCCCCCCCUCCUCCCGCUCCCUCGGGUAUAAGAAGGGAGGAGGUAUCGCCGUCCGGAUCUCUGCGACGCCCGCUGGAGACUUCUGCCCCUCCGGCGGCGGCAAGAUGAAUUGGGCGCUGCCGCGGGAGCCGCCGGCGCGGUAAACGGAGCCCGAGGAGGCAGAGCCGGAGUCGUCGGAUCUGGCCGGGCUUGGGCAGGUCCUUGCCUCUCGUACUACAGGGAGAACCCGCACAGCAGGUGCGGCGGCGGAAGCAGAAGCGGCGGCGGCAGGUAGCCAGUGGUCUGGGCUCCAAGCGCGCCGUAGAUGGGAAGGAAGACGCCGGGGAAGGGGAAAGGUUCCGGGUAGAGGACUAGAGCCACAGGACGCGGCAGCCAGUGCCCCCCACGACCACCCUUCCCCGGCGGAUCCAUCUACAGCUUCUCCUGGUUGUGCGGAAACCAAAAUACGUACUCGCCCGGGUUCUCCUCUAUAGACUCCGAAUCCCAUUUGGAUGUACGUGUCGUGUGCCUGGAAUGUCCAGUUGCCUGGUAUGUGGCAGGGCUGGUUAUCGGUCUCCUCACCUUCUCCAGUCAUCCUUGUGGGCUGCGCACCGCUCGGCUUUAGACCGAUCUGGACCGAACGCAUCAUUCUUCUCCGUCUGCCUUCCUUAAUUUAGAUUUGCGCAGCAUUUACCUUUAUGCAUCUAAAUUGCAUAGACGUUUCCACUUGGAUCAGGGUUUUAAAGCUGCAGUUCUGAAUUGCACACUGCCUUUUGGCCUGAUCCGAUUAGCACAUCCAGCUCUAUUUUUUUUCCUUCACGUUGCACCGUGGCCUCCAACUUUGUUUGCACAGCCCCUAAGAAGCUGCUUACCGCUUUUCUUUCCCCCUCCAGAUUCCAAAGUAUUUCUUGCACUGAUCUGGAUUGCAUAUUGUUUGUCUGCACAAAUACGGAUUAGCACAGUGGCUCCUGUAGCAAGCUGCUGGAAGGUGUUUGCUUACAUACAAAGCUAUAAAGAUGUUACCAGGAUCGAUCCAGAUCUCUGGGGAGGCUUUAUCAAGUGCCGAGAUUCGGGAUAUCUGUGAGAGCCUGCGGGAGAACUCCAUCAAACUGCUUUCACUCCGGGGUUGUCAGCUUUCUGACCGGGAUUUCGGCAGGAUCUGCAGAGGAGUAGCAGAGUCUCAUUCCUUGGCUCAGCUGAACCUCAACUUGGGGAUUGUCUCCAGUAUCAAUCGGGUCAAACAACUGGCUGAAGCCCUGAAGACUAACCGUUCUGUCCAGUCUUUGUUCCUCCAUGGGAGUCCCCUAACAGAUGCUGGCCUGGCUGUCCUCAACCCAGCACUUUCCAUCCAUCCCUCUCUAGUGGCUUUGGAUUUGGGGGACUGUAUGCUAGGAGAUGAAGGUAUCAACUUGAUAUGUGGACUUUUGCCUCCUGAUGGAGCCAAGUCAGGUUUGAAGGAACUGACACUCAGUGCUAACCCUGGUAUUACAGCUAAAGGAUGGGGGCGCCUGGCUAUUGCAGUGGCUCACAGUUCCCAGGUGCGAGUGUUGAACCUGGACUACAAUCCCCUGGGUGACCAGAUAGCAGGAAUGCUGGCAGUCUCUGUGGCAUCCAGUCGUACCCUAGAAGUUUUGGACUUGGAAGGAACAGGACUUACCAACCAAUCAGCUUUGAUCCUUCUUGAUAUGGUGGAAAACUAUCCGACAGCUUUGCGGACACUGAUCCUGGCCGAAAACAACAUCAGUCCUGAACUGCAGCAGCAGAUCUCUGACCUUCUUUCUGAGGGCGAAGAAGAAGAGGAAAAUGAGACUCGAGAAGUCAUGGCCAGAGAGAAAAACGCCUGGAUCUGCCAGAGCAGUAAGGCUACUGGGCCUCGGUUGCAAGGAGAUUCCAGUUCCCAGAUGGUCUUGGUAACAUCAGGCCUUGGAGAAAGUCUAUUAGCAGAAACAGAAAUGUGAACAGAAAACUCCAGUAGCCUUUGAUGAGAAAAAAAAUCCAUGUACAUUGGAAGACGUUUCUAGAAAUGCAUUUACACACACCAUGUGAGAAUGCAUACUGUUCUUGUGUGUUUCAGUGUAUGCACUAGGUAAAAGUAUGAAAGUCAUAAGCUCAUGUGCAAUUGCUAGGCCUGCCCUGACUGCAGAGCCACACACCGUGUCUUACUGAAGUCACCUUUUUUGCUCCACAAUAGGACCUGACCAACUUUCCCUCUAAUUUUCAGCCUUGAUGGAUAGGGCUCUGCCCCUUGUACAUGCAAUUUUGCCCCCCCCCCCGUGUACCGUUGCAACUGGAACCAAAGGGGCUGAAAAUGAUCACUGUGGGUGCGUGGAGGAGGAGCCCCGUACAGAGAGGGGUGGAUGUGUGCACAGGCGCGCAGGCAUGCACCUUAGAGAGAACCUUGGACCUGACCCAAAGUAAUGUGUGUUAUACAACUUGUCAGUUACUUGUGAUUGUCCAGUUGCUGUAUUUUUCAGGUCCUCCAUUCAUUCUCAACAGAUUUGGAGGGGAGACUGUUUAUUCAGAUGUGUCUAUUUAUGUAUAACAGAUACCCUUUUUACUGCUUGUAUUUAUGUCUUAAACGUAGGAUUUUAUAAAGUUCACAGAAAUGACA